AUGUCAGUCUUAUUAGACUUGGCAGGCACGUCAACUGAAGAUGUUUUAUCAGGAUUAUUAUUGCAUGCUGUGGUCAUUCAACCUGUAACUAGUGUACCGGCAUCAACAAAAUAUGAUCAUGCUAUGGUGGAGUUUGACAGAAGUGAAGUUGUUUUUCAUGUUAUUGGGAAAUUAGAAUCAUGUGAUUAUCUUCUCAAUACUCAUUCAAUUUCAACAGAUUUGGAAAAUAUACUUGUAUCUGAACUAGUUCCAAAUGAAUUAAAAAGUGCAAUGGUAAAAGAGUUUUAUACAAAACUUUGUACAAGUCGUUUACCUCCAUGUACACGUGGGAAUACAUAUUUAAUACCCUUGGGGCAAUGUGUCUUCAACGAAUUGGUUGAGCGUAAUUUUGGAUCCUACUAUUGGAGUAGUAAAGUGAACUGUCAUCAGUAUUGUCGGCUAUUAAUCGAAUUUGGACUGGGGUUGCAGUGGCCAAGCCAUGUUGCUGUGGGAGGAGAUUUAAUUCCAGAAAUCCUCAAUGUUGUCAUGUUUUACAAAGCCUGUGUGUUAAAGUGGCAAGAAAAAAAUCGAAUCGGCAAUAAGAGUGGAGAAUAG